AUAAAUGAUUGAUAGCUAGAAACUGAUACAAGUAAUAGAAUUACCAAAAAGCAGUAUAUUAUAUAGAUCAUAAUACAUUUGUCAAUGUUUUUGAUCGAGACAUGACACACAUAUUAACAGGUUGUGUUAUAGAAAUGUUCCUCAGCAACUUGGAGGACAAAUGUUCCAUUGCUCUAAUACCCUAAUGUAAAGGUAAUGCAUACAGGCAGAUAAAUAUGUCUCUAAAUGAGAUUAUUUUGCUUUAUAUUGCCUCCUUAUGAGUGUAUAUAAGUGAUGUUCUGCAUGCACGGGUUUACAAACUGAAACGUGAGUCUGUCUACUUCAGUCUGAGGGAGAGUAUAGUAUGUCAAUUGUGUAUAAGUUUCCUGCCCAGCAACCUGACCCUCAGGGAGGCAGUUCUUCAGUGUGAAGGCGGGCACCCGGAGGUGGGCUUCCCAGGCUUGUACAGUCCCUGCUUCUCUUCCUGGUCAGUUUAGAGAAAGAGCAGCGCCAUGACGUUCAUCGCCAAGACCUUCUACGACCUGAGAGCCACGACGCUGGAGGGCGAUGCGGUGGACUUCAACGUGUUCAGGGGGCGGGUGGUGCUGAUUGAGAAUGUGGCGUCUCUAUGAGGAACCACCACCCGGGACUACAGCCAGCUGAACGACCUCCAGCGGAGGUACCCUCAUCGGCUAGUGGUUCUAGGGUUCCCCUGCAAUCAGUUUGGCUACCAGGAGAACUGCAGUAAUGGAGAGAUCCUGAACUCGCUGAAGUUUGUCCGACCAGGAGAUGGCUACCAGCCUGGCUUCACCAUCUUUGAGAAGUGUGAUGUGAACGGGACUUCCACCCAUCCUGUCUUCGCGUAUCUGAAAGACAAACUUCCCUACCCCGAGGAUGACCCACACUCCCUCAUCCAGGACCCCAGGUUCCUCGUCUGGAGUCCCGUCACCAGAACUGACAUCUCCUGGAAUUUUGAGAAGUUCCUUAUUGGACCGGAAGGAGAGCCCUUUAAGAGAUACAGCAAGAAAUUUCUCACUAUUGAUAUCGAGCCUGACAUCCAAAGACUGCUGAGACUAACCAAGACCUGAAAAUAGCCCAGUCAUGAUGACAUCACAUCCAUAAUAGAUUUAGAAAUGGUGACAUCCAUCUUUUUGAGUUUUACUAAAUGAGGGUAAUGUUCUAAACUAUGAUUGUGAGUAUUAUCUGAUGCCUUGUAAAUACUUGAGAUUUGGAUGCCACUAUAGAUUAAAC